AGCAUUGUCUCUCCUUGGCUGAAAUGUGACUUCAUUACUUGGCUUUGUGAUCUUGAAGAGUUUGGAUUUGGAUUUGAUAUCCCGCCUUUCACUCCCCUUCAGGAGUCUCAAAGCGGCUCACAUUCUCCUUUCCCUUCCUCCCCCACAACAAACACUCUGUGAGGUGAGUGGGGCUGAGAGACUUCAAAGAAGUGUGACUGGCCCAAGGUCACCCAGCAGCUGCAUGUGGAGGAGCGGAGACGCAAACCCGGUUCCCCAGAUUACGAGACUACCGCUCUUAACCACUACACCACACUGGCUCUCUUGUGACAAUCCAAAAUGCUGAUACAAUGGCUGCAGUUUUUCCUUUCUAAUUCAUUUAUAUCCCUUGUCACCUCCCCCCCCGCUUUUUACUUUUUUAAUGUAGUUCAGCUUGUAGUCUGGCUGCCUGAAACACAGAAGAGAUGUUGCUAGGGGAAGUCUCCAAAGACCUUCUGACUCGGCCACUGACCCGGAAUGAAGUGUUUGCUGUUCUCCUUCGCCUGACCGUCUUUGGGGCUGCCACCUACUUCAGCAUCAAGUGGGUAUCAGAUGCCUUGGACCCAACCCGUAAGCAAAGGAUACAGCUAAAGAAAAAGGCAGAACGCUUGAUGAAGCAGAUUGGGGUGGAAGGAGUGAAGCUGGCAGAGCAUGAGAUGAUCAUUGCCGCUCACCUGGUGGUUCCAAAGGAUAUCAAGGUAACUUGGAAGGACAUUGCAGGCCUGGAUGAGAUGGUCAGCGAACUCCAGGACACUGUGAUCCUCCCAUUCCAGCGGCGACACUUGUUGCAGCACUCCAGGCUCUGCCAGCCCCCAAGAGAUGCCUUCUUGAGGAACCGCUCCGAAGCUGACCAUGAAGCCACUGCCAUGAUGAAAGCAGAAUUUAUGAGCCUUUGGGAUGGUCUGGAAACUGGAACCAAUUGUCAGGUAAUGGUGCUAGGAGCAACCAACAGACCACAAGAUGUAGAUCCAGCCAUCCUGAGGAGAAUGCCAACUACCUUCCAGAUUGGCCUGCCUACACAAAGGCAGCGGCAGGAUAUUCUGAAGCUCAUCCUUGCUGGAGAAAAUAUGAGCAAUGCUGUGAACUUGAAAGAGCUGGCUGAGAAAACAAAAGGUUACUCAGGAAGUGACUUGCGGGAAUUGUGCCGGGAUGCUGCCAUGUAUCGUGUGCGUGAUUAUGUCCGCAAGCAACAAAUGCGGCAGAUUGCUCGGAUGCUCCAUGAUGCAGACAGUGGGGAAGAAAGUGACUUGGAAGAGGAACGGUUGCGGCCACUGACCCAGCUUGACUUGUUGUUUGCCCUAGAGAAGAUGGAGGAGUCCAAGGGUGCGUCGACUGCUGUGCCGACACUAGAAGAACUGGCUUUGGACUAAGCUGCUGGCCCAUGUAGCUGAGAGCCUGGAGACCAUCAACUUAGAAUAGGGUGCCCAGAGGUUCGAUUGACUGUUCACUGUAUUUUUACUAGGCUGGAGGCAAAGGCUGUAUAUGUAUAUGUGUGAGAUGACAGAGAGAUAGUGGCAGAACACAAGCUCAGCACUUAGGAGGAAAGGUGAAAGGAAAGGGAAUCUGGGCCAAGCACACCCACCUUGGGUGGAGUGGGACAUAACAGGCACUUGGUAGGAAUGGAGAAACUCAUGUCAAAAGAAAGAAGUCAGCGCAGUUAACAUUUGUGGGGGGAGGGGCGUGUCACAGCUUUUCUAGAGGUUGUAAGAUGAGGGGAGCCGUGUAAUACAAGUGAGAAAGGACAACCACCAGUAAAGCCCAAUUUGGAGCUAUUAUUGUGUAAGUGAGUGGCAAGGUAUGCUUAUAAAGUAGACCUGCUCAUAAUACAAGAGGGCACUAAAACAAAUGCCUAGACUAAGCAAGUAUUUAUUUCUGUUCCAAGUUUGCUGGCUGAGCCAUCCUGAACAUCUGUGCACAUGGCUCUUUACAAAAGAAGUCUUUUUUUAGGUAGCUCAUCUCCUCUACAGGUUCAUACACAAAAGCAUUUAAAACCUAGAAAUACAGAACUGGAAAUAU